GUACGAUAACCCGCGACAGCUUGACGCAUUCCUGCCGUGAUCAAUUGAGCCACGGCCACUGCGGCGCAGACCCCCAAAACUUCACCGUUCUUUUUUCCUGUAUAAUUGGCUUCAUUUCAUAGGUCUUCUGUCACUACUACCACCACCAGUCAUCCGCAACCAUGGCAGCCUCCUCGAGAGGCAUGAGCCUCUGCCUCCUCCUCGCCUCCCGACCCGGGCCCCUCUGCGCGACGACAACGGCAACGACACAGCCCCUCCUCUCCCGCCGACUCUUCAGCUCCCUGACCGCCCUCCGAUACGCCGCAAAACCCUCGCGCACGACAACGAUCCCAAACAACCUCACCCGCAGCGCAGUCUCCAAACCUCCUCCGAAAUCCCCCCUCCCAUCAACACCCCCAAAGACGACAACAACACCAGCACCAGGCACCGGCGCCGGCGCCACCGCAGGCUCAGCCUACGCCCUCGCAACAACCCUCGCCCAACGUCCCCAACCAACAGUCCUCUACGAAGCCGCCUCCCACCUCUGGAUGAAGGUCUCAGCCUGGUCCGCCGCCACAAUGUUCUACUCCUACGCCGGCAUAAACUACUACUUCACCCUCCUCGACCCCCCGCCCGACCUCGCCGCCUGGGUCCCGCACGCCUUCGCCCUCAUCUGCGUCGCCACCGCCGGCUUCGGCUCCUACUUCCUCUUCAACGCCCGCAACAUCGUCAAGAUCAUCCGCGCCGUGCCGACGGCUUCCCUUCUCAAGUCCUCCGCGGGCGAAAAGUCCGCCGCCAGUGUGCUGCCCCUAGGCGUGACCAGCGCGAAAACAACGCCCGUCGUGCUCGAAAUCACAUGCGAGCGCAUCCUCCCCGGAACCCCCAAAAAGUUCCUCCUCGCGCCGGACCAGGUCGCCAUCCCGACCCGGAUCUACUCGCCCCUCGUAACGCCCACGCCCGCCAUGGAGAGGGCCGCCGCGCGGCAGAGGCAGGUGCAGGCGAGAGCCGACUGGGAGUACGACAAGGGACACCUCAUGACGACGCCGUUCCGGCACGCGAGUAAAGGCUUCAAGGCGGCGUGGUACGGCGUCCGGAGGGCCAUCACCAAAGAAGGGUUCCUGAGGAUGGAGGCGGGCGGGGAGAAGCUCAAGCUGGACGUCUCUACGGGCUGGGCGCUGGAUGAUGGACGGGCUAUUGAUCGUCUUGUCAAGAUUGGAGCGUGAGAUGUAGGCAUGUGUAUGUGAUUGAUGGGUUUGUGGAUGAUGUGAGAAUUGGCACUUGCCCUGAGAGGGAGGUUAGCUGUUCUACUAUCCUUGAACAAGGUUGUACAAUACUGUAUCAUGAUUGAAUCCCAGUGUAGACGAGUUUACAGCAGGGGAUGAUGUUCAAAAUAUCGGAAAGAGACGUCUCCAUGAACAAGAUAGCUGAGAGAAAACUAGAGAGAACUGAUAUCUCAAACAUUCACAGUAGACACUGGGCCAGUGUCGCGCGGUCACUUACCUUUGACAUCCAGAGUCCCUUUCAUCCACGACUCCCUUUCACCCACGACUCCAGAGCCAGACGAUCUACAUACAACACAAACCUCACUGUGCCAUGCUCUGAGCGCAGACGCGAUGUAUCACUCACCAAGACCUAGCCAGAACCGAAGAGGAGAACCAGCCUGCCCCGAGACGGUAGACGUCAAGGCUGCCGAGUGCCAGUAUUCCCCUCCAAAGCCACUUCGCAACGUGAAUGUCACCAACCUCAAGUCUGGAAAUCUCUUCAAAUCACACGGAAAGCAGAGACGCGCUGUUGCCGCAUAUUGCUGGCGAACUCCGCCAAACGUACCCAUCCACAGCAUCCUCUUCGUGGUGCAGGCGUAAGAAAUCGUCGAUAACAUCGUCGAUCCUCCAUAGCUACGCUGCCCGUCUCAGUCGGACCCAGACCGACAGAACUUAAGCAGCCCUACCGAGCUCCCCUCUCGGAACCCGCAAAACGCAUCUUGAUCCAACAAAAGUCGUGGGCCUGACAUGGCAAGAAACACAACUGCCUUGGUUCCAGCAAGGCGUACGUGCAUCCCGAGGGAGCCAAGUCAACAUCUUCACCAGACCGCCCCUUACAGCCUUACCGUUACCCCUCCAUGUGCCUCAGAGCGCCGCUUCACUUGGAGAAAGAACAAGUGCUUUCUGAUAUUCACCGCGUACAGAACGGGAGGGGCAGGAGGGCCAUGGGCACAGAUCGGCCUAGUGCCCCUGAUCGGCCCUCUCUGGUGUCCCUGAUGAUCGGACAUACUAGGACGACCUAAUUCUAUGUUUGGCAACCGAGUGUGUCUCGCCUUGUCCUUGUCCUGUAUGGCGUGCAUCGGAAGAUGAGAAAGUAGUGUGUACACACGGUCUCUCGACACCCCCAACCUCGCGGAGUCGACUCCGACCCAACCGCCGCGGCGGGCAUUUUCCCUGAUGCCCAUCGUUCCGGGUCCAGAAGGUGAAUGGUAUUUGUGGGAAUUCGGAAGCUGGAAGCAGUCGAGAGAUUCUUGGGGCGAGAUACGUGGACUGUGGACUGUGCCAGCGGCUAGCGCAUGUCGAAAAGCAGGAUGCCACGGUAGGUGCAGAUCGAGGAAACGCCUAGGGAAUCGCAUCACGAAUCACCGACAGCGUGGUUGUUUGGCGGUGGUGGCUGGGGUGAAGCCUGUGUAAGUGCUGUCCGUGUAAGUGGCCGGCCGUUGCAUAGAAGUCCGACGAAGGAAAAACAAAACUUCCAGAAAAAAAGUUGGCUGGCAAGGCUGGUGCUGGCUUAGCUGGCGGCUACAAAGUCCCACUUGGCAAGGUGGAAUAGUGUAUUAAUCGGCGGCGGGCGAUCUAUGGCGGUCAGUCAGCCUCAGAGUUUACGGGGGCGAAACGAGGCUAUCCCUGCCUGCCAGAAGCCACGUCGAACCUUCAACGGCUGAUCAACAGACAUUUUCCAAAUGGCGUAGUGAGGGGCAACUGAAGAAUGCAAGAUCCUCCCUCUGCCCCUCCGACGAGCUGCUGAGCAUUCGUCCUGUCCCAGAGAAGGACCUGUCGAUCGCCUCGUCUUUGGAGUGAGGGGGAGUUGCAGCAGGCGGGGUACAGACCUCGGGUGAGGCCAUUCCCAGGAACCAGUAGAGAGAGGUAACAAAGUGGUGAGGUAGAGAACACACUGCCGGGCGCUUGCUGAGCGGUGUGAUGGUAAGCGGCCUUCUCACCGUGCGGGAUUGGUUACAACGAAUGGAAUUCGACAUCUGCCUCCGCUGCCGGACGGAGGAUUGGAGAAGCGUAGAUGUCGCGGGCUCUGGUGGUUCGGUCUGGCGGCCACCUCACGCUCAGGAAUUAUCCUUCGUUCCACCCCGCCUUUCAAACGAUGCCGUCAUCAUCCCUCGAGUCGGUCGUCCAACAAUGCGUGAUGUUGGCUGAUGGGGGUCCUAGUCUCCACCGAACUGAGUGGAACGACUCAUGCCCCAUAUCACUCUGAUUGCUGGUAUCGCUAUAUCGCAUCGCACAGCGUAGCGGGACCUACGCCGGCGGCAGACCGAACUCGGGCAAUGGCUGGCCGUUGUAAAUAGGGGGAACAUGCAGCAGGACUCGAUCGCAUUCCCCACCGGCUGAGAUGGCGGCUCCGGACGCCGGCAUGAAGGCCAC